CAGCGCGCACCCAGACCGUCCCUUGUCUCCUCUCUUUCCCCCUUUUCCAGCAACAGCAACAUGGUGGAGACGGGGAAGACAGCGACCCCCGCCCAGGUCCCGGCCAAGCGGCUGCGAGUGAGGAAGAAGAAGCCUGCAGACAAGGCUCUGCGAAAGAAGAAGGUGGUCAUUCCCAAGAAAACUGCCUCAGCCAAGCCUGCAGCACCAGCCCUCAAGACUAAGCCUAAGAUCAAGCCCAAGACCAAGGCUGAGAUUGCCAAGGCCAGGGUUGAGAAGCUUGCUGCUAAGGCUGCCAAGCCCAAGGUGAAGCCUGCACCCAAGAAGAAGGCCCCAGCCAAGGAGGAGGCCGGUGGUGCCAAGAAGCUGCCCGCCGUGCCCGAGAUCCUCCUCAAGCGCAGGAAGAGGAGGGUGGCUGCCAAGAAGCACAAGAUCGCUGCCAUCAUCCAGGCUAAGAAGGCUCUGAGGGCCAAGCGCAUGACAAUCUUCCGCCGUGCUGAGAAGUACAUCAAGGAGUACCGCUCCGUCGAGAAGCAGGAGAUUGAGCUCAUCCGGGAAGCCAAGAAGGAGGGCUCCGUCAUUGUCCCUGCCGAGGCUAAGCUGGCCUUCGUUAUCAGGAUCAGGGGUGUGAACCAGGUGCACCCCAAGGUUCGCAAGGUGCUGCAGCUGUUCCGUCUUCUGCAGAUCAACAAUGGUGUCUUCGUCAAGCUGAACAAGGCCACCAUCAACAUGCUGCGUAUCGCCGAGCCCUUCAUUGCCUGGGGCUACCCUAACCUCAAGAGUGUCAAGCAGCUGGUGUACAAGCGCGGCUACGGCAAGAUUGACAACCGCCGCAUCCCCAUCACCAACAACGAGAUGAUUGAGAAGAAGCUGAAGUCCAAGGGCAUCAUCUGUGUUGAGGAUCUUGUUCACGAGAUCUACCGUGUCGGCGAUAACUUCCAGGCCGCUACAAACUUCCUGUGGCCCUUCAAGCUGAACAACCCAACCGGUGGGUGGAGGAAGAAGACCAACCACUUUGUGGAGGGUGGUGACUUUGGCAACAGGGAAGACCAGAUCAAUCCCCUGUUGGCCAGAAUGAUCUAAAAGAAAAAUAAAGUAAGAGGAUGAAGCAAA